AGGGUUUUGCAAUUUUGUAUUUGCCCCCCUCUUGUUCGGAUGGUAAUAUAUAAGUUUAUGUUCGAUCCCUGUCCCCUUCAGUUCACGGCUCAACGGACCAACCUUUGACAUCCUCACUCCACUCGCUUUCCGUCUCUGAUCGUCCUAAUUCCAUUUCCUUACGUUUCUCUUUCGUUUGUAGUUUUGUACCGUCAAAUGUCAGUCACUGUCUGUUCCCUGUUUCUCUCUCUUUGAUCUAUGUCCCUUUUCUUUCUCUUUGUCUAUAUCUUUCGGAGAGAGCUGAAAUCAAUCUAUCUUGGCUAAUAAGAGCACAUAAUCAGCAAUAAGCUUUGGUCCUCUGGUGCUGGAGCUCCUUCAGUGUACUCAUGGCGGUUCUCAAAGCAGGAAGCAGACCACCAUGGGUGGGUCUGGCAGCUGCUCUGUGGCUUCAGAUAGCUUCUGGGAACGCUUAUAACUUUCCCCUAUACUCAUCUUCUCUGAAAUCGAUUCUGGGUUUCAAUCAGCAGCAGCUAACGUUCCUUGGGGUUGCAAAUGAUAUAGGAGAAAACGUGGGCCUUCUUCCUGGCAUUGCCUGCAACAAGUUACCCCCUUGGGUUCUUCUCCUGAUCGGUGCUCUUGCUUCUUUUCUGGGCUAUGGUGUUCUGUGGCUCGCUAUUAGCCAGACCGCGAACUUGCCCUACUGGUUGCUAUGGUUUGCACUUUGUAUUGCCACUAAUAGCAGCGCCUGGUUUGGUACUGCUGUGCUUGUAACCAACAUGAGGAACUUCCCUCUCAGCAGGGGCACUGUUGCUGGCAUUCUCAAAGGUUAUGUUGGGCUUAGUGCUGCAGUGUAUACAGAGAUAUUCAGUAUGGUGCUUGACGGGUCUGCUUCAAAACUUUUGCUCCUUCUUACUCUUGGACUUCCUGUUUUAGCUUUCAUCACAAUGUAUUUUGUUCGGCCUUGUACUCCAGCUUCUGGGGAAGACUCUUCAGAGCAUGUCCAUUUUCUUUUUACACAGGCUGCAAGUAUUACUCUUGCCACGUAUCUUCUCACGACCACAAUCUUGAAGGACACAUUAUCUUUUAGCACUACACUGUCCUACACAUUUGUGGCCAUAAUGGCUGUUCUUCUCUUGUCUCCUCUCGCUAUACCCAUCAAAAUGACACUUUUCCGUGCAAAUCCUAAGAAGCGUGGCCCAUCAGUUGGCUCAUCAAGUCAUUUGGUUCCAGAGGAGGGUAAUUUAGAUCAAAAAGAGCCAUUAUUAACACCAUCUUCAUCAGCAACAUAUCUUGGAAGCUUUCAUGAGAAUGAAGAUGCUUCAGAUUUGGAAACGCUUCUGGCUGAGGGGGAGGGAGCAGUAAGGAAGAAAAGGCGACCUAAAAGGGGGGAGGAUUUCAAGUUUCGUGAAGCUUUGAUUAAGGCUGAUUUCUGGCUUCUGUGGUUGGUGUACUUCCUAGGUGUUGGUUCUGGAGUAACAGUUCUCAAUAAUUUGGCACAGAUUGGAGCUGCAUUUGGUGUCAAUGAUACAACAAUGUUGUUGAGUAUCUUUAGCUUUUGCAAUUUUCUUGGUCGUCUUGGUUCUGGUGCCAUCUCUGAAUAUUAUGUUAGGAGGAAUGCAACUCCUCGGACAAGUUGUAUGGCUGGUGCACAAAUAAUCAUGAUCAUAGUAUUCCUUCUUUAUGCUUCAGCUCUCAAUGGCACCCUUUAUGCUGCAACUGCAUUGCUUGGGAUCUGCUUUGGGGUUCAGUUUGCUAUUAUGAUUCCAACUGCAUCUGAGCUUUUUGGCCUGAAACAUUUUGGUAUAAUUUACAACUUUAUGUCGCUAGGAAAUCCUAUUGGUGCGCUUCUUUUCUCAGCUUUGCUUGCUGGUUACGUAUACGAUGCAGAAGCCGAUAAACAGCAUUCUUCUUCCUGUUUGGGUCCCAGUUGCUUUAGGCUCACAUUCUUUGUCCUUGCUGGCGUCUGUGGAUUGGGGACCAUCUUGAGUAUAAUUUUGACAAUUCGGAUAAAACCUGUUUACCAAAUGCUUUAUGCAAGUGGUUCAUUCCGUCUUUCACAAAGCUCAAAUAAUUUGAGGACUUAAAGAGUUUAUGAUAUUUUCGACAAUUCCAAUGUUGAGAUUGUCCAUAUUAUGGAGGCAUGGUUCAAUAAAGUUAUUUUAGCUGUUGGCAAGAUUCGGGGGCUUCGUAAUCAGCCGUGUAUCAUCUCAUCUGCUGCAAAUCUUCUGAGAGCCACUGGCAGUUUAUGAGCUACACUGUUCGGACAAGCUUCCAUGUUUGUCUAUGGUGCUCUUUGAAAGCAUCAAAAUUUUGGGAGUAUGCACGAUUCAACUCUUUGAAUUUGUUGUAUCAGGCUCUGAGGGAUUUUGUCCUCGUAUGUGUUAGUCUAUGACCAGCAGAAUCACAUCUGAUAAUACUUCAUACAUCAAGAGCUGACAUACUCUUUUCAAGACUGUUUCUUUAUAAUGAAGCGUAUGGGUUAUUAGCA